GAAGAAGAAGAAGAAAAAGAAGAAGAAGAAGAAGAUGAAGAAGAAGAAGAAGAAGAAGAAGAAGAAGAAGGAGAUUCUGCCUCAGAAUGCCAUCUGCUAUUAGCUAUUGGAACUAAAUAUACACUCGGCACCUGCUUGGCGCCCAUACGCGCAACAAUUAUGGAGCAGGACGUACUGAAUGAAUUUGUGACGCACGCCAAGGCACUUCUCGACGAGGCGACUCCUGUAGAAUCGCGAAAUUAGGUCAAAGUGGCAUUUCUCGCCUAUAAAGAGCUGCGCAGCGACUGUAGACGGUGGUCGCGUAGCUAUCGGCAUGGCGGUGACUGUGAGGCCGUUAAAAGGUGAACGCGCAGAGAAGUUCUUGUCGCUGCACCAGCGGGGCAAUGAGCCCCAGGGCCUCUUCGGACCCACGGGCUGCGUGCUGCCUCUGCGAUUCACAGACAGCGCGCAACAAAUCAAAGAGUUCGAAGUGAGAGAAGAUGAUGUGUGGAUAAUCACCCCACCCCAAAGCGGGACCACAUGGACCCAAGAGAUGGUGUGGUUGCUUGUUAAUGACUUGAAUUAUGAUAAAAGCAAAGAAACGUCCCUUUUCAAGAGAUGUCCUUUUCUCGAGUUUUCUCGAUUCCUACCAGAAGCAAUUGUAAAAAAUCUUGAAAUGGAUACGCUAGAGUUUGCUGCCAAUGAUACCUCGCCACGCUGUAUUAAGAGUCACUUACAUAAGCAACUGCUUCCCGAGCAGCUGUGGACGAAGAAGCCUAAGAUAGUUUUUGUGGCGCGGGAACCCAAGGAUGUCGCUGUAUCUUCCUUUCAUCAGUAUGAAUUGGUGAGAGGUUACAAGGGGGAUAGAGAAUUUUAUUUUCAGUGUUUUUACGAAGAUAUGGUACAAUUUACUCCUUUGUGGGAACAUGUGCUUGAAUUUUGGAAGAUGAAGGACGAUCCAAAGAUACUUUUCAACACGUACGAGGAGAUGAAACAGGAUUUACCAGCCGUCAUCCGUCGGACCGCUAAAUUCCUGGGAAAAAUUCUCUCUGAAGAACAGGUGACUCGCCUCGCAGAACACUUGGACAUUAAAAGAAUGAAAGAGAAUCCUUCGACCAACUGCGUGGAUCUGCUGAGGAAGGCGCGCAUCAGCG